AGAAAAGCGAGCCUCCGUCUUUCACUCUUCGUAAAAUAUUUUCUGAUUCCUCGGAGAUUUUUGGUUUCUGGGCGAAGAUUCUCGUAUUCAAUCACGAUCUAUCGAAGCCAUGGAUCGUGGACAUGUGACCGACUGGUUGGAGACGUUGGGGAAAGAAAUUGGAUCAGCCAUCAUGAUCGUCGAUGAGACGAUUCAAAAGAGUAUGAAAGCAUUGAGCUCUAAUGUUAAAGAACUCUGGUCGAAUCUUAUCAAGGAGAUUGACUCGGCGAUUAAUUCUGAAAUAGCGGAUAUUAUUCGCCCGGAAGAAGAAUGUUCCCCCGAGAAUGAUAGAUUUGUCACAGAGAUCAAAGAAACAUAUGGAACUUGGAGUAGUGAGGUUCAAGUGGAGAAAGGAAAUCAGAGCUGCGAAGAGACAGAAUCUUCGGAUGAAGAAGACAAGAGCGAGCCAUCUGAUGAAGAUAACUGGUAUUCCUUUGGAGAGGCUUCUUCCGACUCUGAAUGGGAGUUAGUUUAGGAUGUUUCUUGGUCAAUUAAGUUUAUAUACAUACAUACAUACAUAUAUGUAUAUAUAUAUGGGCAGAUUUUAGGAAAUUGAUAAAUUUUGAUUAAAUGGGCAUUCAGGAUUUUGGUUAUA